GUUUUCUCAACCAUCUCGAUCUUCUCUCUAAGAUUUUUACUAUUUCAGUUCUAGUUUUAAGGACUAGUGAUAAAUUUUCUCUGAGAUUAGUAUUUAGGAUUUUCAGAGAGAGAGAGAGGUGGUUUAAUGUGUGUGCGAAGGUAGGAACCGUAUCUGUCUCUGUCUUCUCCAAAUCAUCUCUUAGGGCUUAAAUUCUGCUUUAAAAAGAAUCAAGGGUUAGUUUCUAGGUUUUGUCAGUGAUUUUUAUGAUGAUGAUGUCUGAGAUUGGAAGAUGAGUGUUGCCAUAAGCAAUGGUGGAUCGAAGAAGCGCAUUGUGUUUUGUCUCAUCUUUCUUUUGCUUGUCUUUGUUACUGUUCGACGGUGUCGCUGUUGCGAAAUCAAGGACUCGAUUCGACGAACUGCUCACGCUGCUUCGUCUCAGGUCAUCCCUCGGUUUAAAAGGAACCGAUUGGCCAAUCAAAGGCGAUCCUUGUCGUGUCUGGAGAGGGAUACAAUGUGACGACAACGGAAGAAUUGUCGGGAUCAACAUCUCUGGUUUCAAGAGGACAAGGAUAGGUAAGCAGAAUCCUCAGUUCGCUGUUGAUCCACUUGUUAAUCUCACUCGCUUAGCUUAUUUCAACGCGUCUGGAUUUGCAUUACCUGGUUCUGUUCCUGAUUGGUUUGGUGUUAGCUUCUCGACCACAUUGCGUGUCUUGGAUCUUAGUUCUUGUUCAGUAACUGGUGUUGUCCCCGUAACAUUCGGUAAUCUCACUAGCUUGAUGAGUUUGAACCUGUCUCGUAACAGUCUUACCGGUUCGGUUCCAAGCAGUUUAGGAGAGUUGUCGAGUCUUUCAGAGCUUGAUCUCUCUAGGAACACACUCACUGGUGCUCUUCCUCCGUCUUUAAGCUCGUUGCUGAACCUGACGAGUCUUGAUGUUUCUUCUAAUUACCUUACUGGACCAAUCUCUCCUGGUAUCGGAAUGCUAUCUAAGCUUCUAUACUUGAACUUCUCAAGCAAUAGUUUCUCCUCUUCGAUUCCUCCACAGCUUGGAGAUCUUGUCAAUCUUGUUGAUCUUGAUCUCAGCAUCAACUCAUUGUCUGGUUCAGUUCCUAAAAAGUUUAGAAAGUUAACGAAUUUGCGGAACAUGGUGAUUAGUGACAACCUCUUGAGUGGAACUUUACCAUCUGAUCUGUUUGGUGCUCAGAGCCAGCUUAAGGGAUUAGUUCUGAGAGAAAACGGUUUCUCCGGUAAUCUACCUAAUGCGUAUUGGUCUUUGCCUAAGUUACGGAUCCUUGACAUUGCUAACAACAACUUCACAGGAAUGCUACCGAACUCUAGCUCUGGUCCGAACCAGGUCGAUGCAGUGAUGGUCGAUAUCUCCUCGAACAUGUUCUACGGCGAGCUCACACGGAUUCUCAUAAGGUUCAAUGCCAUGGACCUCUCUGGUAAUUACUUUGAAGGUGAGGUUCCAGAUUACGUCCUCAGAGCAAAUGCGUCUCUUACCAGAAACUGUCUUCAAAACGAGAAGGGACAGAAGUCUUCAGAAGACUGUUCAGCAUUCUACACAGCUAAGGGGUUAGACUUUGAUGAUUUCGGACGGCCUAACUCAACACAACCUACUUCCGAAAAGGCUUCUUCAGGGUUAAGCCGAAGGACUGUGAUUAUAUUAGCAGCAGUUGGUGGAGGAAUUGGUUUUAUUCUGAUUUUCAUUCUCUUGCCUAUUCUUGUGGCUCUAUGGAUACGUAGAAUAGGCAGAUCGGCUCAAAGUGGGGGCGGUGACAGGCCUAAACCUGUAACCGAAGCUUCUCAGCAACCUAAAGGAGCACAGACUUUUGACUUGUCACGUCUUGGGAAUGCGUUUACGUAUGAGCACCUUCUGCAAGCAACAGGGGACUUCAGUGACGCUUAUCUGAUAAAACGUGGGCAUUCUGGGAGCUUGUUCCGUGGUUUCUUGGAUAAUGGAACACCCAUUGUUAUAAAAAAGAUCGAUACAAAGGAGAGUAAAACCGAAGGGUAUAUAGCAGAGCUUGAGUUGUUUACUAAAGCUGGACACCAGAGGCUGGUUCCAUGUCUUGGACACUGCUUGGAGAAUGAGGGCCAGAAGCUAUUGGUGUACAAGUAUAUGAGGAAUGGAGAUCUUGCUAGUGCUUUGUUUAGGAAGUCAGACAACGAAGGUGAUGGGUUGAAGUCUUUGGAUUGGAUAACGAGGUUGAAGAUUGCUCUUGGUGCAGCCGAGGGAUUAGCUUAUUUGCAUCACGAGUGUUCCCCACCUCUAGUUCAUAGGGAUGUACAAGCAAGUAGCAUACUCCUUGAUGAUAAAUUCGAGGUACGUCUUGGAAGCCUUAGCGAGGCAUAUGUUCAAGGUGAUGCUUAUCAAAGCAGGAUUUCUCGUUUACUUCGGUUACCGCAAUCAACUGAAGCAUCCUCUUCAGGUGCAGCAAAUGCAACAUGCGCCUAUGAUGUCUACUGCUUCGGGAAAGUGUUACUCGAGCUAGUCACGGGGAAGCUCGGUAUCAGCUCACCGGACAACGCAGAAGCAAAAGCAUACAUGGAAGAAGCUUUGCAAUACAUAAGCACAAACGAGAAGGAACUAGUGACCAAGAUCCUAGACCCGUCGCUAAUGGUGGACGAGGACCUUCUAGAAGAAGUAUGGGCAAUGGCUAUCAUCGCGAAGUCAUGCCUAAACCCAAAACCAACAAGACGGCCAUUAAUGAGACACAUAGUGAACGCACUUGAGAAUCCGUUGAAAGUAGUGAGAGAGGAUAACAACUCGGGCUCAGGCUCUUCACGGUUGAGAACAAACUCGUCGAGAGGGUCGUGGAACGCUGCUAUAUUCGGGAGCUGGAGGCAGAGCGCAUCGGAUGUAACAGCGGUUCAAGCUGUAGGAACAACAAGUGGUGGUGGUUUGAUAAACUCAGGGUCGCAAGGGAGCAGUGGAAGGAAUAACAAUAAUGGGAACUCAUCGUCGAGAAGACGACAGUCUAGUGAGAUUGUGCCGGAACCUGCAGCGUACGGGGAAGAUGUAGAAGCGCUGAGGUGAGAGGAUAACAUUUUAUCGAUUCUUUGUGCCAUUAAUAACCAGAGGCAAAGAGAGCCCUCUAGGUAGCAUAGAAUAUGUUUUUUCAAGAUUAUUAUUUUUCUUCGUCUCUUUAUCUCUUUUUUUCUUGGGUUAGGAUUGGCGGAAUCAGAAGAAUUGUAAUUUACAUUUUCCAAAUCUUUGUAAAUUAUAAUUCUUGGAAAUUGUUUUGUUUUUUCUCGGUUUCUCUCUUGUUAAAAGGCCGGGGAGAAAGGGAAGGUUGGUUUCGUU